GUUCCUUUUGUUUUCCUUGUAGAUAGCAGUGAAGUACCUGCUGUCCACCAGUUUCUUCAUUUAACUUCCCCUUGGGGUCAGCUGCUUGCCAACAUGCCUUCAACCGAGAACACCUCAAAACUUUUCCUGAUCCUCGUGUCGCUGCUGCUGGUGCUGCCAGUAGUUGAAGCCCUGGAUGCAGGAGAUACCAUUGCCUUCCUCCUGGGCCUCGCUGUCAGUGUUGUUGGAUUCUGCGCCUGCCUUGGCUUGUACGCAAGGAGAAGGAAUGGGCAGCAGUGACUUCAAGAACAUGCUCAGAUGAAGUGAAUGUGUGAGCACAGCUUGGGGUUGGGUGUAAGACUGAGCUUUGGUUCUGGAUAACUUUCAAAAAAAUAUGUAGUAGAUAUUUCUGCUAACCCCUCUUACUGUUCAGUACAACAGAGUCAAGACGGUACAAGACUACUAGUAAAAGGGAUUUGUAUGAUCUGUCCUUAUUACAAAAAGAUAAUAGUGAUUAACUAUUGCCUUAGAGAAGGGUAAAAUACUUUUUGAAUGAGGAAGUAAAACUACAGAGUGGCUCACAGUAAAAGUUUAUAAAUUUAGCAUGUGAGGGAGGCCAUCAACAAGUUCCAUAAUUUUGGUUUCAAUGUUUAAUCAGGAGGAAGCAGCUAUUAAUCUUCCAGUCAAGAUGACAAGAGUUUUGAAAUUAGUCCUAACUAGAUAGCUAGCGAGCAGACUGCUCUAACUUGUGUGCUCACGCUCACAUUCUCUGUAAUGACAGUUAACACCUAACAGCUCACUUCUGCUGUCACAUGGAUAAGACUUAAGAGAACUAAGGAAACAUGAAAGGCUUUUUUUUUCUUUUAGAGUAUUUUUAGAGUAUUUUUAUUUUAAAAUAUGCCACUCCUGUAGCCUGUGUUCUUACUACCAAGUAGAUACACCUAAGAAUGAGAUCACCAUUUUUACCUAACAUGUAUUUCACAGAAAAGCUAUGUAAAUCAGAUUAGGAAUAUGGGCUUUGUCUCUUGGUCUCUUGUUUAUUUUUUGUACUCAGCUUUUUUCUAGGCACACCAGAUUUAAGUCUUAGUUCAAUUCGUGUUUACACUUUUUUCUCCAAAACUGAAGACUUCACUAUUUUGAUGAGGAAUUCUGUGUAUUUCUGCAUUAGAAGGUUAUUACAACUGUAACAAGACCAUUGUGCACAUGUUUCUUUUGCAAUGUAGAAAUAACUUGCUAAAAUCCUGGGUUUAGUCAGUUAGUCCAUUGUUCUUGUGUAUUCCUCGUGACAAACCUAUGUUGCUAGCUAAACAUUUAGGCUUCCCUAACUGAUGCAUAUGACUUCCACAAGAAGAUUAGGACCAAAACCAAAGUAAAAAAUCCUGGUGCAAAAUGGGAGAUGGAAAUAGUCUUAUUCUAUUCAUGUUCAGUCAGAUUGUGUGGUAUAUGGUUGAAAGACAGUAGUGUGUCUAGGACCUGUUUCUUUAAGUACCAAAGGUGAAAUGGCUCAGCCGAGAAUGUCUGCCACAAGUCUCUCUGACUUGUUAGGGUGUUCCAGCUUGAGCCAAGGAGCACAAUCUGUAACAGCAGCAGAAUAAGGAGCACAGGAAGAUGAGCUCUCCGCAGCUCAAAGAAUUUCCUUCUGAUCUUGUGCUGUGGACACUGCCACUCUUUGCUAGAAAUCUUGGCUUUUAUCUCUCAGAGUCGUGUGUUUUGAUACUAUUCUUCCAUUUCCUCUGUGCCUCUGUUCAGUAGAGCACAAAGUGAUGGCUAUGGGCAGGUCUUAUGUAAGUAAUUGGGUGGGCAGAUCAUGUUCUCUAGAUCCUGAUUUCAGCAUGUGGUUUUUGGAAGAAAGGGACAGAAUGCACAAUUACUAUGUAGAAAUGAAAUUUACAGCCCUAAGAGGCUGUUAAUUUCCCCUUCAGACAGAAGUAUCACCUUUGAAAGCUGCCUAGCAGCAGUAGAUUAUCUGGUUAGUGAUAAUUCAGCUGGGUGGGUGCAAGCUCAGAUUGAAGUGUGAUCUUUGAAGUUCCAGUUUAGCUAAACAAAAAAAAGAAAAAGAAAAAAAAAGGCAACAAACAAACAAAACAAAAAUGCCCAAUAAAACCCCCCACAAAAUUGCUACUAUUCACUUUAUAGUUUCCAAACUUAAAAAAUGUUGCCAUUUUUUCAGUAAAAUAUUAAGUCUUUCAAUAGAAUACAUUUUAACACAAACAGAUUUUCACAGACUCCUUUAUCUAUACCUUAGAAAAGAUCCCUAGCAAUAGUUUCACAGAAUUGGGCAACAGUUUCACUGCAGGAGAACAAAAUUGUAACACAGUUAAUUAUGUUCAGGCAACAGGGACAUGAGACAUUAUAUUAUUUGCCCAAAGCUGUAUGUACUUCAUUGAAAGGUGUUUGCACAGCAUAAUGGCUUUGUUUGCUGGGUUCUGAUAGAAGCUUUAUUGUUAAAGACUUGCAUUUGUCAAUUACUUGAGUGCAAAAUCAGAUACCCCUGUUUUUCCUGUCUUAAUAAACUUUGAUGUAUGAUUUGUCAACAG